AAAGGCCCAUUGAGUCCCGCAGACAUCUAUGGGAAGCUGGCAAGCAGGACCUGAGUGGAACAGUGCUUUCCCGACUUGUGAUUCUGUAUGUUAUCUUUAACUUUCCGAAUUGUUUGGAUUGCUUUCUGAAGGCUUUGCAUUGCCGCCUUAAAUCAUGGACAUCACUGGGUUUCUGAAGUCUCAAUUCAUUUGCCACCUCCUUAUCAGUUAUGUAUUUAUAGUGUCGGGACUGAUAAUCAACUUCAUUCAACUCUUCACAUUAAUCCUCUGGCCGUUCAACAAGCAACUUUUCAGGAAGGUCAAUUGCAAGCUGGCUUAUUGCAUUUCAAGCCAAUUGGUGAUGUUGCUGGAAUGGUGGUCGGGCACAACUUGUACCCUCUACACGGAUCCCCAGAAUUAUGAAAAGUACGGGACAGAGAAUGCCAUAGUAAUCCUUAAUCACAACUUUGAAAUUGACUUUCUCUGUAGCUGGAACUUUUGCGAAAGAUUUGGAGUCUUAGGGAGUUCCAAAGUACUUGCAAAGAAAGAGCUUGCUUCUAUGCCAAUCAUUGGCUGGAUGUGGUACUUCCUUGAGAUAGUUUUCUGCACGCGAAAGUGGGAGGAAGAUAGGAAAAAUGUCGUGGAAGCCCUACUCAAUCUCCGGGAUUAUCCUGAAAACUUCUGGUUCUUGAUUCACUGUGAAGGCACCAGGUUCACCGAGCAAAAACACAAAAUCAGCAUGCAGGUAGCUGAAGCCAAAGGCCUACCCAAGCUCAAAUAUCACCUGCUGCCACGGACAAAGGGAUUUGCUGUCACCGUCCAGUGUUUGAGAAAUGUAGUUUCAGCCGUGUAUGAUUCUACACUGAACUUUAGAAAUAAUGAGAAUCCAACUUUGCUGGGAGUUUUAAAUGGGAAAAAAUACCAGGCAGAUUUAUAUGUAAGGCGGAUUCCAUUAGAGGAAAUCCCAGAAGAUGAGCAGGAAUGUUCUAAAUGGCUUCACAAACUCUAUCAAGAGAAGGAUUCUUUUCAAGAGGAAUACUACAGAACAGGAGCCUAUCCUGGCACUCCCAUAGUGCCACCCCGGCGGCCGUGGACUCUAUUGAAUUGGCUCUUCUGGGCCAUAUUGUUGCUAUAUCCUUUGUUCAAGCUGUUCAUCAACAUGAUCAGCAGCGGCUCCUCGCUGACUCUGGCGACGUUUGCCUUUGUUUUCAUUGCAGUCUGCAGAACUCAACUGAAAAGUACCCGUGAGUAAAGACACUGAAGAACUUCUCAUUUCUCUUCCAGUCAGGGAGCAAAAUGGAAAGAAAUGAACUGUAGCUAGCAAGUUUUCAAAUACUCUUUUCCAACAAUGAACUGAGCUAAUCUUGUCUUUUUCUUUCCUUUCUGUGAUGGUAGCUUGAUCUGUCCAAACAAAUAACCAAUAUAUCAAACGUCUGGGCACAUGGCUUUAGCUCAGGGUCUCCACUUGACAUUUCAAUCCUGUCUGAUAAGUUAAGCUUCAUACUUGCAAAAGAAAAGUAAGCUUUUAGAAAGGGCGAUAUAGGAAAAACGAAUGUCAGGAUUGUGCCUAUUCUUUCGGAAUUGAAGAAUCUCAGAAUGGCUGAGUCGGUCCGAAGACUGUUAGCAGAUGCUCAUUAUCAGAUUCUGAAUUCUUGCAAUUUUGUAUUGAACUAUAUUAGUCAGCUCUGGGUUUAUCUACUAAACCCAACAUCAAGAUAUCAAAACGCUGGUUUUGCAAUUUCUGCGGAACAGUUACUAACCAGAUUACAUAUAUCUGACAGGGAUUAACAGAUUACAAUAGUAGAAGUGUCUUUUCUUCAGCAGCACAAAUAAUUUUGUAGAAUGUUUACUUAAAGGUACUUUGUGAAUGGUGGAGCAGCCUCUUAAAACAGAGAGUGUGUUGUAGCCAGUACCCACCAAGUCUGCAGCAUAUAGUAAACAGGCUUCCUCAUUCUGCACCACACCACUCCAGAAUAUUUGCUCAUGAAACUUGCUUCAGUUUUGUCAAACCAGAGGUUUCAGGACUGAAGAGCACCAUGUCUUUCUAUGCUAAUAUGUUCAGGUAAGCCACCCAGCAUAAUUCAAAAGCAUCCUGUGUGAAAUCAGAGAAUAUUUUCUCUUGCCUGUAAUGAAUUCUCUUUUUCAAGCUACCGUUUCCCCCUCUCACAUUCUCUUGGUGUCCUGAUCCAAUCAGCUUAUGCAGUAUCUGGCAUUCUCAGCAUCUAACAGAAGAAAAUAGUUGGUAUUCUGUAUUAAAUCAGAGUAGUAGUACUGCAACGUCUCGCGUAUGACUGAGAUGACCCUGAAGCUUCCUGUUGUUGUUGUUGUUGUUGUUGUUGUUGUUGCUGUUGGUUGUGUUGUUAUAUAUUUCUUUAUACCCCACCUUUUCCCCUAAUGGGACUUCUUGUUGGCAAGUGCUUGCUGGCCAGUCAGUGUAUGAAGACCAUGCUCUGUUUUGUGGUUGUGUUCAGAUAUGACUCUUAUGGCUUAUUGAUUAAACCCAGAGUUCAUCUAGAUUCAAGAGCUCUCGUUAACCAUAUCAGUCAGAUUGCGUAGCUCGAUUGGAUUAACAGAUUCAAAAAAGAAGUGUAAUGUAAUAUUUUUGGACUAGGAGAAUGCAGUGAAGAAGGGUUUGUCCUGUCUUUAACCAUAUAGUCUGGGCUCUAGAAGGCUGCAAUGUAAAUUAUAUCUUUCAUAUAGUUUUCACACAACUGAAACAAAUGGCACCAGAGCAGCCCAAAUUAUGUGCCAGCUGCAUACAUUAAGCAAGACUAUUUGGCUGGUUUGCAGUCUCACUUUGCUCAUAAAGUUUGUGGUGAGAGAACUCUGCAGCAAACAGGAACAUUGGCUACUGGAAAUCCAUUCUCAAGGCUAUCUUGCAAUCGUAGCACAUAGAAACAUCCUUUUUUUUUUUAGGGGGGGGGAGAAACACCUGAUACCAGUUGUUGGGUCUUACACAGAAUUUAUACAGCCUUACUUUUAAUUGCAGGUGCAUGGAUUGUGUGCUUUCUUCCUUACAAAAGCCUUCAAAAUUGGCCACAGUAUUAACAGUUAGGACAUAGAAAAGUCAGAGGGGCAGGUAGAAGCCGCUGCCUAAGACUGUGCAGAGGAACAGGACACAGAGACUUGCUGUAGUCAGAGAUGUGGCUGGGCACUAUUUCUCCCCUGCCGGGAUUGCAUUGGUAGUGGUCAUGGCAAAUCAUCUGCUGCAAGCCGAAAAUGCAGCUUUGCACAUCGUAUGCUCAGCCCACGAUUGAAUAACUAGGCAGUGUGGUGUCCUGACACAUGUGCUUACGCAAAGCAAUUUAGAGGAUCCAUUCAGUUAGCACAGGUGCGGCCUUAUCUGGACUAAAAGGGGAGAGAACAUUCAGGCAGGCCAGUGAAUCAACCCCAUAAAGGGGACUCCUUUUAUAUGGAGUGCUGUUUUGGUGGCACGAUUGUCAUAAUGACUGCAAUAAUUAUAACCAAAGGCUUCACCUCCCCCCCCCCUUUUGAGAUGGAAGCAUCUCUUGUUAUUUGUUGAUUUUUACUCUUUUUAUGUUUUUAGUCAAGAAUGCACCCACAGUGGUUUUUUAUUUUAUUUUUUCAGGCUCCCAACAGUAUUAUGGUGCAGGAUAGCUCAGCUGGUAGAGCAUGAGACUCUUAAUCUCAGGCCGAAGGGUUCGAGCCCCAAACUGGGCAAGGAUAUUCCUGCAUUGCAGAGGGACCCUCAUGGUCCCUUUCAACUUUACAAGUCUGUGAUUCUAUGACAGCUUAGCUCCCAGAUGCUCAGUGCCAGAAAGGGGCUAUGCUGGGUUUUUGAGGUGGGUUCAAUCUGAUGCUUUUGAAUAUUUAAUGCUAAGAACAUUUGAGAAGUUGUGGAAUGGUUCCAGCCCAUAAAUUUUACAGGCAAGAGAAUUAGCUGAUAUUAAAAAUAGCCUUGGGAAACAAUGAGGUCCAAUGUUGCACGACCACAAUUAUUAUAUAGCUUAGUGUGAUGAUGGUGGAGGCCACAUUGAUUGAUUUUUGUAGUGGAAAAGGAUAUUCAGAAUGUUCUUCAGGUUGUAAUCAUAAUUCUGUGCAGAUUGUAAGAUUAAGGUUUUAAAUGGAGAAUGCUCUCAGAUUUCGAAGACUUCGAUCUGCAGUAGAUUACACCUAAACUAUGCAAGAAAUUGCUAGCUGAGCAAUUACGAAAAGGAAAUGUUUGUAGUAACUCAUGUUGCAUGUACUGCUGCAUGUUUAGUGCAUGUGGAUUAUCUGAAACUGACUUGAAAGUGUUGCCUGUUUAACUAUCAAGCUACUGUAAAUUUUAAUCACUGGGUCUUAAAUAACAAACUAGGCAGAAAUCCACAUGGCUAAAUUAAAUGUUAACCUGAAACUGCAAAUGGGAGACUCUGCUGCAUAAUGUGAGAGGUCAUCACACAUGUUUCAAAUACCCUGUAGUGAGAAUUGCAUAUGAAAAUUUCAGGACAGAGCAGAUUGUCGCCAAUUAUAUGUUUUAAGUACUAUUUGUUACUAGUGAGCGGACAUUGCAUAGAUGAGAUGUGAAAGUAGACAGUUACUUUUUGAUUCUGGAAACGUAACCAGGUUAUGUAUACAACAGUAGAUACCCCAACUUAGUCCUAAAGCCUUCCCCCAAUUCACCACAGUGCAUACAGUCAAGCUCACUGAUUAGAAAACUUUGCUGGGUUGUGGAUUUUAAUGAAAGCAGCUCCCACAAGAAGGAUUCUCAUAUGUCACAUUACUCUGGAUUGAUUUUAAUUUGAAUUAAAAAGAAUUUUAUUUUCUCUAA